AUGGCAUCCCUCACGAUCGAGCGUGUCCCUUGCCUGUCGGAUAACUAUGCUUGGCUCCUGCAUGAGCCGGCCAGUAACGUGGUCGCCAUCGUGGACCCCUCAGAGUCCAAGCCUGUGGUGGCUGCCCUGGAGAGGAGCGGUCUCAAGCUGACGCACAUCCUGAACACCCACCACCAUUGGGACCACACGGGGGGUAACGAGGAGCUCAAGGCGCGGUUCGGCGCCACAGUCAUCGGCCCCGCCGCGGACCGGGACCGCAUCCCGGGCAUUGACGUCGCGCUGCGGGACGGGGAGCGGUACAGCCUGGGGGCCGCGGAGUUCCUGACCCUGGAUACCCCGGGCCACACCCGCGGGCACGUGACCUACUACUUCCCCAGCGCCAAGGCCAUGUUCUCCGGGGACACCCUCUUCUCCCUGGGCUGCGGCCGCUUCUUCGAGGGCACCCCCGCCCAGAUGCAGGCGAGCCUGGACAAGCUGCGGGGCCUGCCCCAGGACACCCGCGUCUUCUGCGGGCAUGAGUAUACCGCCGGCAACGCCAGGUUCGCCGUGAGCGUGGACCCAGACAACGAGUUCCUGCGGGAAUGGAAGGGGCGCAUCGACGCCGCGCGCGCCAAGGGCCUGCCCACCGUGCCCAGCCUGCUCGAGGACGAGCUGGAGGCCAACCCCUUCCUGCGCCCAAACAGCCCCGCGAUCCGCAAGUCUCUGGGCAUCCCCGCGAGCGCCAGCUCGGCAGAGGCCCUGGGCGCGAUUCGCGCCGCCAAGGACAAGGCCUGA